AUGGUUCUCGACCGACUACAGCAAUUGACCCACCAGGUCAGCGCAACGUCACCGCUACCUCACCCUCUUGACCCUCUAUCUACUGUAGAGAUCGAUGCUGCUGUCAGCAUCAUCCGCAAAGAACAUGGCCCCCUCAACUUCAAUGCCGUUACCUUGUACGAGCCCCGCAAGGCCCAGAUGAUGGCCUGGGUAGCAGACCCGGAAUCUACUCCGCGUCCUACUCGAGCUGCUGAUGUGGUUGCCAUUGCCCCUGGUGGUAAGGUCUACGAUGGUGUGGUCGACCUGGACGCGAAGAAGAUCGUCAAGUGGGAGCACACGCCGAAUGUUCAGCCUUUGAUCACCAUGGAGGAUCUGCAGGAAGUUGAGCACAUUGUGCGCAAGGAUCCCAAAGUCAUCGAGCAAUGCAGAAUCAUUGGAAUCCCCAAAGAGGAUAUGCACAAAGUAUACUGUGACCCAUGGACAAUCGGAUACGAUGAGCGGUUUGGCACAGGAGUCCGUCUCCAACAAGCCUUGAUGUACUACCGUCCUCAUCCCGAUGACUCCCAGUACACAUACCCCUUGGACUUCUGUCCCAUCUUCAACUCCGAGACCAAGGAGAUCAUCCACAUUGAUGUACCACCUGUCCGGAGACCCCUCAGCGAGGCUGCACCAAACAACUACCACCCAGCCGCAAUUGAGAAAGAGGGCGGAUACCGUACCGACAUCAAGCCAAUCCACAUCACCCAGCCCGAGGGCGUGUCUUUCGAAGUCAAGGGCCGAACAAUCGAAUGGCAAAACUGGAACAUCCACGUCGGCUUCAACUACCGCGAGGGCAUUGUCCUGAACAACAUCACCUUCAACGACAAGGGCAACGUCCGCCCCAUCUUCUGGCGUCUCUCCCUCGCCGAGAUGGUCGUACCAUACGGCAACCCCGAACACCCCCACCAACGCAAACACGCCUUCGACCUCGGCGAGUACGGCGGCGGCUACAUGACCAACAGCCUAGCCCUAGGCUGCGACUGCAAGGGCGCAAUCCACUACAUGGACGCGGCAUUCGUCAACCGCGCCGGCGCCAGCACCAUCACCAAGAACGCAAUCUGCAUCCACGAAGAAGACGCCGGCAUCCUCUUCAAGCACACCGAUUUCCGUGACGAAUCAAUGGUCGUCACCCGCGGCCGCAAGCUCAUCAUCUCGCAGAUCUUCACCGCUGCUAACUACGAGUACUGCGUCUACUGGAUCUUCCACCAGGACGGCACCGUCCAGCUCGAAAUCAAGCUCACCGGUAUCCUAAACACUUACUCCCUCAACCCAGGCGAGGAUACCAAGGGCUGGGGAACUGAGGUCUACCCGGGCGUCAACGCCCACAACCACCAGCACCUGUUCUGUCUGCGCGUCGAUCCUAAUAUCGACGGGCCUAACAACACCGUCUUCCAGGUUGAUGCCGUGCAGGGCCCUGGUGAGGUCGGCAGCGCAGAAAACAAAUACGGAAACGCCUUUUAUGCCAAAAAGACCAAGUUCACUACCCCCACCGAGGCCAUGUCUGACUAUGACGGCUCUACCAGCCGAACAUGGGAUAUGGCCAACACCAACAAGCUCAACCCCUACAGCAAGAAGCCUGUCAGCUACAAGCUCGUCUCUCGCGACGUGCCUCCUCUCCUCCCCAAGGCCGGUGGUCUAGUCUGGAAGCGAGCUGGAUUCGCCCGCCACGCCGUGCACGUCACCAAAUACGACGACGACCAAGUCCACCCAGCCGGCCGCCACGUCCCCCAGACCUCCGGCGAGCCUUCAGCGGGUCUACCAGCCUGGAUCGAAGCCGCUGGCCCCGAUUGCUCGAUCGAUAACACCGACGUCGUGCUUUGGCACACAUUCGGUCUGACGCACUUCCCUGCUCCCGAGGAUUACCCGAUUAUGCCUGCAGAGCCGAUGACGCUUCUUCUUCGUCCGCGGAACUUCUUCGGCCGCAGUCCGGUUCUCGAUGUGCCUCCUAGCUUUGCGCGUACGCCGACGCAGAUUGCGGCUGGUGUGAAGGAUUGUGGGUGUAAGAAGAGUGAUGGGUCUAGUGUUUUGGUUUGA